AUGAAACAAAAGCUUAUAAUUCACAAUCAAACUGAUAAUGAUAUUCAUAUAGAAAUAAAAUAUUCCGACGAUACAAAAAAGAAAAAUACUUUAUUUUAUGUUCCAACUGAAAGACUUUUAACACAAGCACAAAAUAAUACUGAAAUCGAGGUGUCAUGGACAAUUGUACUAAUGUUGAGAGUCAAAAACGACAAUUGUGAUUUUGAGACUCUCAACAUUAAUACUAUUGUCCGAGGUAUGGAAAUCGAUAUUUUGUACUGUUCACCUAGUGCAGCUGGAGAAAACGAAUGUGAUUUGAAUAUCAUUUUACUCGAACAUAAAAUACAAACAAUAUUUAAAGUUUUGGGAAAAAGUCAUACAAUACAAAAAUCGAUUGAUCUCAAAAAUCUACUAGCUUGUCCAUUGCGUAUUAAAGCACAAUUACAGCAGAAGGCAACAAUAAAUUCAGAACUAACAAUUGAUUCAGACGAAUUAAAUUUGAAACCAACAUCAAUUGCAAAAUUUUAUUUACCAUUAAAACCAGGAAGUGAAAUCCAUGAUGUUGAUGUAUGUCCUGUCAUUGAUUCAGCAAAAAAUUUAAAAUGGCUGAAAGUCGACUAA